ACUCACAGAAACCCCUCAUCUUCUUCUCUCUCUCUCUCUGUUACCCCUAAUUCCUUCUCUCUCUCUCUAUCUUCGAUUCAUCUACGUCCGUAUCUUCCAGCAAAUGGGUCCGAUUGUGGUGAGCCAAUUGGCAACCGGUCUAAGCGUGCUGGCCGGAGCGGUUCUCGUGAAAUCGGUGAUGGACCAGAAACCCAUGGCCGGUUCAUUCCCUCGCUGUCCCAGUUGCAAUGGAACCGGUCGAGUUUCUUGCUUGUGCUCGCGCUGGUCCGAUGGUGAUGUCGGAUGCAGAACAUGUUCCGGUUCGGGUCGCAUGUCUUGCAGCAGUUGCGGUGGAACCGGAACCGGUCGACCCUUACCGGCUAAACUCGCAAUACGCCCGCCGAACCGCCCCUCUUAGUUGACCGCUCUGUUCUUUCAACUCCUCUUAGCGUUAGUAACAUUUUAUAUUUGUUUAUUUUAUUUUAUUUUUCCCCUUACCAUACCUAAUCAAUCAAAUAUAUUGUUAUUUUUGUAAUAUAAAGUGCACGGUGACACUCGUAAUACAGAGAUAUUAGGUUGUAUUGUAA